GGGAAUUUUAUGGGACUCUCAGAACUAUCGAGAGAGAGAAAGCAGGUGUUGGUGCAUGGGGAUUGUAAACUUGCAAGAGGCAGCUCAGAGAUGUCAGUUCAUUUCAACAAGGGACCGGCAUAUGGUCUUUCAGCAGAGGUGAAUCGCAAGAUUGCCCAGAAAUAUGACCCACAGAAAGAUGAGGCAAUUCGGAGGUGGAUUGAAGAUGUUACCGGAGCAACUCUUACAGAAAACCUAAUGGAAGAACUGAAAAAUGGAGUCAUACUGUGCCAGCUGAUAAAUAAACUUCAACCUGGUUCAGUGAAGAAAAUUAGUGACUCACCACAGAACUGGCAUCAGCUGGAGAACAUUGGGAACUUUAUCAAAGCAAUUACAAAAUAUGGGGUGAAACGUCAUGACAGCUUUGAAGCCAACGAUUUAUAUGAGGGUUGUAACUUAACCCAAGUUCAGACAACACUUAUGGCCUUGGCUAGCAUGGCAAAAACAAAAGGCUAUCAUACAAAAUCGGAUAUUGGUGUGAGAUAUGCAGAAAAGCAGCAACGUGCUUUUGAUAACGAGACACUGAAAGCAGGACAGAAUAUCAUUGGACUGCAGAUGGGAACAAAUAAAUUUGCCAGCCAGCAGGGGAUGACAGCAUAUGGUACCAGAAGGCAUUUAUAUGACCCAAAAACUGGAGUGGAGAAGCCGCUUGACCAGACUACCAUUAGCCUCCAAAUGGGAACCAACAAGGGUGCAACACAGGCUGGAAUGACUGCUCCAGGGACACGAAGACACAUCUUUGACAACAAACUUGGAACUGAGAAAUGUGAUUCCACCAUUGUGUCACUGCAGAUGGGAACAAACCAAGGGGCUUCACAGAAAGGGAUGACUGUGUAUGGGUUGAGCCGGCAGGUAUAUGAUCCCAAGUACUGCUCCACUCCCAACUUCCCCAUCAACAAUGGGAACCAGCUAACCAGUGGCUCUGAAUGCAGUGAGAGUGACUACCCAGCAGAGUACAAGUACAAUCAGCAAACAGAUUCCAACCGUCACAGGCAAAUAUAUCAGGAUUUUGAAUGAGAGCAGAGUGGCACUGCUUAAUAAACUGGCUUGUUCAAAUGUGCAUCGCAGCCUUACACAUCUCUCAGGUACAAACCACUUAGCUACACAGAAUGCUUUCUUGCUCGUGCAGUGUUAGGCUCUGCUGGUUGAAUUAUAUUUGGAAACCUGAAACAUUUCUUUGAACCAGUGCUGGGUGGUCAAUCAAUUCCAAAAACUGUAAUAAUAAUUACAGAUUAAUGUAAUAAUUGGCAAAGUACUCUGAAUGUUUUAAAUUAGAUCUGGAUGGAUACAAUCAUCUCUCACCCUGCUUAGCUUAUAUAUUCAUUAUAACAUUUAAAACAUUAAAAUACAAAUUAAAGUUUAAUUUUAAUAAUUUCCCUACUCACCAAUUUGUCAGCACUUGCUCGUUGUUUAUAAAUCUUUCUGUAAAUUAACUCACUGUAGUAAACUUUUAUACAAUGUAUGAAUUGGCUGCCAUUGGAAAUCACCCUUUCUACAGUGACCCACAUAGGAAACACUGCACUGAUCCACCAGUCAUUUUUAGAUAUCCUUAUUAUGAGCUUAACAAUCAUGUACAUGAGAAGAUUUAACAAUUCAGACACAUUGCUGCGAUGUCCAUGUGGUAAUAUUGAGACAGAAAUUUUACAAAGCUUGAAGCAGUUUAACCUCCAACUCAGCACUGGUACAGAAACAGUAGCAGAGGAAAACCUGAGAUGAUGAGAAUGCUUUAACAGCUGUUAAUUAGAUUAGUUUUUAGAUUUUGUAUUCUUUUUCCAGUAUGAAUGUUUAAACAUUAUAAUCAGCAAUUAUGUAGUGACUUGUGUAGAUGUGUAAAUCUCCUGCUCACAACAGCACUUCUCAAACUCAACAAACACCUCUCAAUUGCAGGCACACAAUUAGACUCUGAACUCUAUCAGAACAUCACUGGUCACACCAGAUCUCUGUGCUUUCCUUCACUUGGCUCAUUGCUAUUUAUUCAAAAACAUGAAAUCCAAAAAAAUAGUGUAGCAGUUUAAAAGUCAGACAAGCGAGACAUGAUAUUUCAUUUCAAAAGAACAACAGAAUGACAACCAAUCUCAAAAUAGACUUAACCAUCAGGAAGCCUCACAUAACAAACCUCAAUCAGCUAGUCACUGGUUACAUCAGGUCCCUUUGACUCAGCUUCCUUACACAGGCCCAGCACCUCGUGGACCCGAUGUCCAUAUAUGGACUCAGCAUAUUGUGGCAAUACUUAGUGCAGCACAUAAACUGGAGAAAUGUCACUGCAGAUACAGGUCAAUGAUGGAAGAUGUAGACAGAAUGGAUUCAAAAGAAGCUCAAACAUACUGACUAACUUCUGCAAAUCAUUUUAAUCAAUCUCAAAUAGAUUAGAUUACUUAGUGUGGAAACAGACCCUUCGGCCCAACAAGUCCACACUGACCUGCCGAAGCGCAACCCACCCAGACCCAUUCCCCUACAUUUACCCCUUUUACCUAACACUGUGGGCAAUUUAGCAUGGCCAAUUCACCUAACCUGCACAUUUUUGGAUUUGUGGGAGGAAAUCAGAGCACCUGGAGGAAACCCACACAGACACGGGGAGAAUGUUGCAAACUCCACACCAACAGUCGCCGGAGGCGGGAAUUGAACCCGGGUCUCUGGCACUGUGAGGCAGCAGUGCUAACCACCGUGCCACCGUGCCGCUAGAAUCAGGAAAUCUCCAGACAGUAAUAAUUCUUUACCUGGGAUCUGGAUACGUGAUUGUUCCCAAUUCAGUAAAUGAUGUUAAACCACCCGAUGUGGCUAAUUAAAAGGUUUUUUUUCCUGAAAUGAGUUUAAUAUGAAUUGUGUACUGCUGUCCUAAUACAGAGCACAUGAUGCCACUGUUAGUUAAUAAAACCUAACUAAACCAA